CACCCGCGCGCCGUUGCCCACCUCUCCUUGCGCCCACGCUCCUUCUGCCACGCCCUGCCCGUCAUGUUUGCCCGCAACGCCGCCGCAGCCCUCCUCGCCCUCCCCUUCCUGGCCCACGCCACGUACGCGCAGACCUGCGCGCGCUCCUACACCGUGCAGGAGGGCGACAUCUGCAACAGCAUCUCUGCCGCGCACAACGUCUCCACCUACCAGCUCGCCGCCGUCAACGCCGCGAUCAACGCCGACUGCAGCAACCUCACGCCCGGCGAGACCCUCUGCCUCGGGUACGCCGGCUCCGAUUGCACCACGACGUACGUCGUCGCGCUCGGCGACGACUGCGACAGCGUCGCGCAGGCGCACAGCCUCAACACCACCGUGCUCUAUGAGAACAACCCGCAGAUCGAUGCGUCGUGCGAGAAUCUCUAUGUCGGCGAGGUUCUCUGCGUAGCGAACGACGCCGAGGUCCCCAUAUCGGGGUCCAUCACCGCCUCGAUCGCGACCGCGAUCCCCACGACCGCGACGCUCGCCAACGCGACGGCAACUGCGACACCCUCGAUCACGGUCGUCAGCACCGCGGUGCCGUCUGCGUCCGCGAGUGCGAGCAGCACCGGCGACGACAGCGGGGACGACGGUGACGACGGUGAUGAUGGCGACCUGCCGUGGUGCGACGAGCUCUAAGCGCGUCCCGCCCUCGCUCUCGCAUGCCCAAGUGCGGCACCGCAUAGCACCUCUCACGCACGCUCUUACCGUCUGCUUUACCUCUCCUCGUAAUCUCCGGUCGGUCUUGUUUCUCGCAUAGGUCGCACGCUCUCCAGCAGUAGCCCGCACGCCCGCGCAUUCGUGUUCCGCCCCUUUACGCUUACGCUCUAUACCUCUCACCCGAUCCCCCGGCCGCACCGGCGGGGCGUCGAUGAAUUGUGUCGCCCUGUGGGCCUCGACUGAUUAUAUAUAUGCACCGCGCCCUUGACGGCCGCGUUUAAAUCUUAAA